AUGAGUCUCAGUAGAUACCGACACACUGACGGCGUCGUGAGGCUUCACGUGACGGACGUCCUCCGUGACCCCGACGGGAUUGUGGAGGCCGUAGGCCAAGUCCACACUAAACUGCAAUCCAUCAACGCUGAGGACUUCGAGGCGCAGUGGCAAGAAAUGCAGCGCACCCUGCAGGAAGCGGGCGCCUCAGCGCAGGACUGGCGAGAGGCGCUGCUGUGCCGCCCCCACGAGGCGAGGCUCGCCAUCACAGCCGCGCAGGCCACCAGGGCGGAGGACGGGCAGUUCAUGAUAACGUGCGGCCGUGACCUGGAGGCGGUUGCCCUGAUGCUGCCACAGGACGAAGACUUGGCCGUGACGGUGCAGGCGUCGCCGGAAGUUCUGAGGACACCCGCGUGGCAGCAGAUUACCCGGCACCACCGCGGGGACUUGCGGCUCCGUCUUCCAGUCAUAGACUCAGAGUUCCUGCCCUGCGACGACCUCCUUCAGCAGCUGGUCGGCAGCAGGUGA